AGGCAGAGGCGAAAGCGGCCCUUGAGGAGGGCCCGCUGUUUCUGCUGUUUGUUUCAACACUCUACUCGCCUGUCCUUUGACUUGUUUCUGCUUUCCCGAUGGAGCUUGACGAAUGAAUUAUUUUAUUUUAUUUUAUUAUUUUUUGUCUCCAUCCCGCGUUGCCACACCCAAAGUGCUGAAUCCUUAUUAUCUUCGUCGCCGCCGCACAUUCUUCAACUUUCUGUUCCUUCUCCUCCUCAUCCUGCGCUUGUCUACAGCUUCUCCCAAUCGACUCUCCUGUUUAUUUCCUGUUUCUUUUUUUACCUGUCACAUAUAGCACACAAGUAUUUACACUUGGGGUUAUCAUAAUCGUCCAUUUCCUCUCCUUGAUACUUUUCUUCUAUACUCUUUGUUACUUUUACUUGGCUGUACAUUGCCGUCAAAUAUCUCGGUACCUAACAACACAACCCGCAUUUUCUCUCUCUCUCGCCUAAUACGCUGCUUCCCGGCAUACCGCAGACGAAAGACAACAAAACGAGCACAGCUAUUUUAAAAAAUACCACAAAACCACAUACAAAAAUAUUCGCACGCUGUUUAUACCGCCCACCAGAAUUCUCUGUUAUACUACAAAAAACACCGCAGUCGACGCAGCAGCAACAUCAUCCCUUGUUCUGCUCCCUCCAGCCCACAAAGCUAAGACCAGUCCAUCGACACCAAGACACGCCAGCCCAGAUACUAUAUUCGCAGCUGCUACAAAACGCACAAGUUAGCGUGCUGGUAUUCUAAAAAGCCAUCCUAAUUGCCUCGAAAACCCACCAUCUGUGGCCGCAGCCUUUUUUUUCCUCCCAUAUCCCAAUCUCUCGGUCCAUCCCUGCUGGGCUAUAUCUCAACUAGUCGUCUUACUGGUGCGAUUUUUCGAUUCCCAGUAAUAUUUCUCCAAUCGACGGCCUAUUUUCUUUUCUCGGGGUAAUACUUUGAGUGGCUUUCGAACAAGCUCUGUCCUUCUCCGCUCAUUCCAGAGGCAGAUCAACAACAAAAGUCUCACCUCUUUUUUUCUCACCCGCCUGUUGCUCACCGUCAUCACCACGCCUCGAAAGCAACAAUGGCCGCUACUGCAGCACGCUCGAGGGCUUUUCCCAACUUCAACAUGCCUACUGGUCCCAGCGACAAGUCCCAGCAGCCCAUGGGGUCUGGCUUCGCCGCUUCCAACCUCUACCCGGCCAAGAAUAUUUGGAAUGCCGCCUAUUCCAACGCCCGCGACCGCUCCAUCGCCGCCAAAGAUGCCGAAGAAUCUACCCAGUCUGGAUCCAGCGCCUUAAACGCCAACUCGGAGGCUGACGUUUGGACCUCCAACCCGUGGAAGGCCGCCGAAAACCCUUCGCGCUCCGUUAGCACCUCGCCCAACCGAACUCGCGAUGUCUUCGAUCACGCACACUCCGCCAUCGGCACCAAGAAGGGCGGCUUCCCUCCCACUGGAUACCAGGAUGAGACCGAGUCUUACGCCUUCAACACCCAGAAGCGAGGCAGCCAGGAGGCUUCUUACAUCGAGUCCAUGGCCGGCUUUGCUGCCCGUGAGAAUGGACUCCCUCCUUCUCGCCACUCUCAAGGAUCUCCCGCUUUCCCGGAUCUGUACCAGACUCACAAGCCUACCAACUCGCAGUCUCGUGCCCCCGGCCACAACACAUCUCUGUCGACUCAGGCCGCCAACCAGCGAGCUUUCAACCUUAACAAGCAGAUCGAUGACGACCUUUCGAUGCAAUUCGCUCGCCGUGCUAACCUCGAACAGUCUGCCUUCAACCCUGCUUCUCAGCCUUUCCAGUUGAACCCUGGUUCGCAAGCCUGGAUGGCUGAGGGCAACUCCAGAAUGGUCAGCCCCCUCGAGUUUGGCGGCGAUGUCAUCGGCUCUCACAUGUCUUCUAUGAAGCGCCCAUCCAUCGAUAGAGUCUCUCCCAGCCCGACUUACCGCCUUGAGUCUGGCAGCCCUAGAGGUUUCGGCCCAUCUGCUGAUGUCUGGGGCGGUCGCCCUUCGUCCCGCGACCCACGCACUGGCGACGCUGACCGCCGCAGCCAGCAAUACACCCCUAGCUACUCCCACUCCUUCUACGCCAACCAGUACCCUUACGGCAACAUCGCUCCUCAGUACGCUCCCAACUACAUCGACCCAUAUGCUCAAAACUUCCGCCACCCUCUUCUCCAAAACUAUGGCCUCCCUCCUCUCCACACAAGCUAUGGCGCCAGCAACCCUGCUCCCGCCACCCGCACUCCUCGCGAGCAGGAUCCUUCCAAGUCUGUCCGCAGCUUCUUGUUGGAGGAGUUCCGCCAGAGCAACAAGUCCAGCAAGCGCUACGAACUCAAGGACAUUUACAACCACGUUGUUGAGUUUAGUGGCGACCAGCACGGCUCUCGCUUCAUCCAGCAGAAGCUCGAAACUGCCAACAGCGAUGAGAAGGAACAGGUUUUCCGCGAGAUUGAGCCUAACGCCAUUCAGCUCAUGAAGGACGUCUUUGGCAACUACGUUGUGCAAAAAUUCUUCGAGCAUGGUAACCAGGUGCAGAAGAAGGUUUUGGCUGAGAAGAUGAAGGGCAAGGUUAUUGACCUUUCCGUCCAGGUUUAUGCUUGUCGCGUCGUUCAGAAGGCUCUUGAGCACGUCUUGGUCGAGCAGCAGGCCGAACUCACCAAGGAGCUGGAAUCCGAUAUCCUGCGCGUCAUCCGUGACCAGAACGGUAACCAUGUUGUCCAGAAGAUUAUUGAGCUGGUCCCCCGCCAGUACAUUGACUUCAUCAUGGAUGCCCUGCGCGGUCAAGUCACUGGUCUCGCCUCGCACACAUACGGCUGCCGUGUCAUUCAGCGUAUGCUCGAGUACGGUACUGAGGCUGACAAGCUGGAGAUUAUGACCGAGCUUCACUCCUCGGCACAGAUCCUCAUCACUGACCAGUACGGCAACUACGUUGCUCAGCACGUCAUCCAGAACGGCAAGCCUGAGGACCGUGACAGACUUAUCCAGCUUGUCAUGGCUCAGCUACUGACGCUCUCCAAGCACAAGUUUGCUUCCAACGUGGUUGAGAAGUGCAUUGAGCACGGCACUCCUGCCCAGCGCAGCGCUAUUCGCGUUCAGCUCACCACUGUCGGCAGCGAUGGCACCAGCCCUCUUCAGCAGAUGAUGCGUGACCAGUACGGUAACUACGUCAUCCAGAAGCUGCUUGGUCAGCUUGACGGUGUCGACAAGGAAGCUCUCGUCGAGGAGAUCAAGCCCCAGUUCUUUGCUCUUAAGCGCAACGGCGCCUCUCGCCAGCUGCAGGCUUUGGAGAAGCUUCUUGGCCUCGGUGGCAACACCAGUGGCAACGAUGCUAGCUCUAUUGCCCCCACUCCUUCAUUGACCAACGAGACCAACAGCCCUCUGAGCAACAGCCCGCCUAGCACCCACGCUAGCGCCGUUGAUGCUGCCCCCGAGGCCACUGGCAAGGCGACAGCCAACGUCAACGGUGUCAAGGUGCACGACGAGGUUGCCUAAGCGAUGCUGUACUACGCUUUGCAGGAUGAGGGGUGGGUGACGAGGGCCUUGGCUGCUUGACUCUUUCUGCGGCUACGCAAGCACAGAAGAGAAAAACCAAACUACUGCUUUAAUCACUGAUCUUUUUUUAUACAAAUGCAAAGAGACAUAUAUACGGCAUUGAAAAUACAACCACGGUAAUUAUCGGAAAUACUUUACAGGAAGCGAGGUCGACAUCAAUACAUAUCAGCAUUGUCGCCUCUGCGGAUCUGAGGUUAUACGCAUUUUGUUCAUUUACUCUACACUUUUUUCUUCGAUGUCAUUGACGGACAUUUUUUUUCUCACUCUUGGUCUGGCUUGGUAGAACCAAGGCAGGCCAUGGGACAAACAGAACCUUGGGGGGCGGAUGCUGUUUGUUCAUGGCAGCUCAUCAUGGAUUUUCUCUUUAUAUGCAAACUGCUUUUUUGUGCGACACAUUGGAGUUGAGGCUACUUCUUUAACGAGCAAAAUGAAAAAAAGGACUUUGCCUCGUUGGGUUUCGAGCAUUUGCUUCAUUGUUUUUUUUCUCUGCGUUUUUUUAUUCUUCCAAACCGUCGUCUACUCCUUGCAGAAGGCGUGAUAGCCUUUGGUGCAAAGAGACGGUGGUUGUGUAUUUGAAAGUUUGCAGCUUAUGAGGAGGCGCGAAAGGAAACAAGCCGUCAGGUCUAUGAGGAAACGGGAUAAGUUUUUAUUUUUCUGUUAAUUUGCUUGAUUUUUUACUACACAGGAGCUCUAUUUUUUGGAAUUAGUCUUGCGCGAAUGAAAGGAUUGCCCUUUUGGGGGGCAUUUUUACAUAU